ACGUGUUUUCUUUGAAAUUACUGUUUCCACUGUUCCACUGUUCGUAGCGCAUUAUUAUAGCCGAUGAUACCCUCUCUUUAGUUAGGACGACGGCUAUUGGUACACUGAGGAAGCAACUGGUUCUCUAUUCUAAAUAGAGGAGGAAGGCUAGUCUUCCUGAAGGAACUCACGGAUACCCAUAUACCUUCCUUUCAACGCCCUUUUGGCUGAUUUCCGUCUCUUUUUCUUCAUCCAUCAUCCACCAUGCCGGGCUCCUCUCUUCGCAAUGCGGUGAAACGCAUCACGCACAAGGAACGGUCUCAACCACAAGCUCGCUCUCAUUUGGGGUUACUGGAGAAACAUGGUGACUACAAGAAACGUGCCGUUCAUUAUCACGCACAAGAAGAUCGACUUCGAAAUCUGAAGGAAAAAGCGGCCAUGCGAAAUCCAGACGAAUUCUAUUUUGGAAUGCACAAAGCACAAGUGACGGAUGCCAGAGGACACCAAAUGACAGAAGAAACCCGCAAUGAAAAAUUCAGUGAUACUAUUGGCCCUGAAGCCGUCCGGGUCAUGAAGAGUCAAGAUUUGGCGUAUGUGCGACUGCAAAAACAACGAGAUGGAACCAAGGCACAACGGUUGAAGGAAUCACUGCAUCUCAUUGGAAUGACCAAGACGAAGUCGAAACACACUAUCUUUGUACAAUCCAAACAACAAGCGGACGAGUUUGAUGCUGCCAAACACUUUGAUACGGCACCCGAACUUGUCGAAAGGACGUUCAAUCGACCACGACAUGCACAGCUGGGUGCGAGUCAACAACAACAAGACAAUGAUGAUGACGAGGCACCCAUCUCCCAAAAGGAUCUCAAACGACAAAAAAAGGAACAGCGGGCAAGGGCACGAAUAGCCGCCAAGGCACGGUCUCAAGCCUAUGCGGAAUUCGAAGCACGCUCCCAAAGAGCCAGAGCCAUGGAACGGGCAGAAGCACAUUUGGUCACAGAAAAAUUGGUGGCUGGGAAGGGACGCAAACGAAAAGUAAAGGGCAAAACAGAAGAUGGAAUGCCCGCUCAGUACAAGUGGAGGCGAAAGAGAAAGAGGUAGACCUGUAGAAAGUAAACUUUGUUUUUUUAGUGUGCUGUUAUUGUUGUC